GGGGGCUACGCCGCUCAGCCCGGAUACGGGGCUCUCCCGCCGCCCCCGGCCCCGCCCCCGGCCCCCUACCUGACCUCCGGCCUGGCGGCGCCCACGCCCCUGCCAGCGCCCGCUCCGCCCCGGCCGGCGCCCACCUCCUACAGCUUCCAGGUGGCCGCUCCCGGCGCCGAGGCCGGGGUGUCGCUGAAGCGCAAGGCGGCCGACGAGGGCGCGGAGGGCCGCUACCGCAAGUACGUCUACGAGCCGGCCAAGGCCCCGGCGGCCGACGGCGCCUCCUAUCCCGCAACGGACAACGGCGACUGUCGGGGCAACGGGUUCCGGCCGAAGCCGCCGGGCGCCGCGGAGGAGGCGUCUGUCAAGUACGGUGGCGGCGUCCCCCUCAAGGUCUUGGGCUCUCCCGUCUACGGCCCGCAACUCGAGCCCUUUGAAAAGUUCCCGGAGCGCGCUCCGGCGCCGACUCCCCGCGGGGUCUUCGGAGUGCCGUCGGGAGAGCCCCCCAAAGGCGUGGACCCGGGGGCCCUGGAGCUGGUGACGAGCAAGAUGGUGGACUGCGGGCCCCCGGUGCAGUGGGCAGAUGUGGCAGGCCAAGGCGCGCUCAAGGCGGCGCUGGAGGAGGAGCUGGUGUGGCCGCUGCUCAGGCCGCCCGCCUACCCUGGCAGCCCGCGCCCGCCGCGGACCGUGCUGCUCUUCGGACCGCGGGGCGCGGGCAAAGCGCUGUUGAGCCGCUGCCUGGCCACGCAGCUGGGCGCCACGCUGCUGCGCCUGCGCGGAGCGACGCUGGCCGCGCCCGGCGCCGCCGAGGGCGCGCACCUCCUCCAGGCCGCCUUCGCGGCUGCGCGCUGCCGCCCGCCCGCCGUGCUCCUCAUCAGCGAGCUGGACGCGCUGCUCUCGGCUCGGGACGACGGCGCCGCCACCGCGGGCGCGCUGCAGGCGCCGCUCCUGGCUUGCCUGGACGGCGGCUGCGGCGCGGGGGCGGACGGUGUGCUGGUCGUGGGUACCACCUCGCGGCCCGCGGCUCUGGACGAGGCCACCCGCAGGCGCUUCGCUCUCCGAUUCUACGUGGCGCUGCCCGACGGUCCUGCCCGCGGGCAGAUCCUGCAGUGGGCGCUGGCCCAGCAGGGCUGCGCGCUGAACGAGCGGGAGCUCGCGGCCCUGGUGCAGGGCACCCAGGGCUUCUCCGGGGGCGAGCUGGGGCAGCUGUGUCAGCAGGCGGCGGCCGGGGCGGGCCUCCCGGGGCUGCAGCGGCCCCUCUCCUACAAGGACUUGGAGGCAGCGCUCGCCAAGGUGGGCCCUAGGGCCUCCCCCAAGGACCUGGACUCGUACGUGGAAUGGGACAAAAUGUACGGCUCCGGACACUGACGGCGCGCCGGGAGGUCGCGGGAGCAGCCGCCCCUUCCUCCCAGCCCUUCCGUCCGGGAGGGGUGUGUCUUUAACCAAACCGGGCUGGGAGGGUGCCGGAGUGAUGAAUGUGGGCUGGGGGAGGGGUGGGGCUGCCGGUGGAUUUUUUUUCGUAGGAAGGAAAAUGCUUCUGCUAGGCAGAUAGAUGCCAUAUGCGCUGUGUACUCAGGUUUUUCCUAUUUAUUGUGGACGGGAAGCUCGCCAUCUCUGCCCAGCCGACGGGCCGACCCGGGAUGGGCUGGCACCCGGGGCCUAAGGAACUCCUGCGCCCUCUCCACAAUCCUUUUGUCUCCUCGCGCUCUGAAUGCGCCCCCCCCCCCCACCUCCCCUUCUCUGCAUUCGCGUAGUUUUUUCUCUCCGUGGCUUUGUCACUACUGACCUGUCCCUCAUAUGCUGGCCCUGUUUCUCUUUUGCUCCUCCCUCCCCUAUCUCUCCAUCUAUCACCCUCUGUGCUUCUGUCUCCAUCCCUUGCUCUCCAGCCUGUUUUCCCUUGGUCCUUCUCAUUCAAAGAAUGCAGUGUCCCUUUGCAGGAGAUCUGGAAGUCCGGGGCUGAGGAGGAGGGUGUGGGGAGUUCCCUCCCACCCCAUUAUCCCUCACCCAGUUGUAUCCUUGGGCCUUGGGGGGUGGGAGAAGGCAAGCAAAACAAAACAAAACAAAACAAAACAAAACAAAACA